AGUGUUAUCAUUUUUAAUGUCUCCAUGGUUUCACCGAUUAGAUAUCCACUUCAUAAUUACCAAGUUUUCGCUCACUGUGAUCAUACCAGCAUAAAGAUCCGAAUGAUCGAAUCACAGGUGACAGAGGAACUGCACUGUUGCCAUCAACAAAUAACCAUCCAGGAAAUGUAACAUCACGGAGGAAUGGUAACAUGCAACAGCUUUUAUUGUCUAGUUCCCAAACUGUACCAAGCCACGUAUCAUAAAUUCAGCAAGCAUCAUGCCUCGAAUCUGGGCCAAAUCCCGCAUCCCCCAGAUCAGAGUAUACCGACUUAUUACCCUGCAUCAACCCCUGUACCCUCUGGCAUGCCUGGCGACCGAGAUGUGGAAUGUCUGACCCCACGCGAGCUGGGUUUCUGUUCAAGGCCUCACCCAGACGACCCUGGGGUUAAUACCCCGGAUCGUACCGACAAGUCGACAACACGAGGAUAUCUCGUCAGCGCUUUGAUUCUGGCGUGCGUGCCGUACAUUUCCACGUGUUAUAUGCUCGUUUGUACGUUGUUGUCUAUCAUUCAGUGGAGAUACUUGUUGUACCACCCGUACCUUUCUCUCUGUCUUUUCGAAACGAAAUGUCAAAUCAUUGAGUCUUCUUGUACUUACAGAGCGACCAUACAGAGAAGAAAAAAACAGUACUUCAGUAGGCCUACAGCUUGUACCAUCGUGGAUAAUUGCUGAACUGCGUUAUCAAGAAAAUGAUUGAAGACAUUCCGUGGAUCCCAUUUUUGACAUCGUAAGCGGACCGCCAUUCGUCACUGUUCCUUGCUCUAUGGUCACAUGCAGUAGAUAAUAAAAAUUCUGUGGAAAGUCAUCGCUCUGACACGAAGAGGGGCGGGAUUUCCGAGCUUUACGUGUUGUCAAACGAACGGACGAAAAUGACCACAGCUUCGGGAGAAUUAGAUCACGGCGAAUUGUCGAGUCGCGUGGAGAACGCGCCGGACGCAAACGGCAGCAUCGAGGUCAUUGAUAAGGGUGUAAUCGCGGAGCGUGAAAAGGAUGAUGUGGGAGACGACCAUGAUCUUGAGGAGGGGGAACAGGACGAGGUCCAGAGAGGGGGAUGGGGGAAUAAAAUGGACUUCAUCAUGGCGUGUAUCGGCUACGCGGUGGGCCUGGGGAACGUCUGGCGCUUCCCCUAUCUCUGCUACAAGAACGGUGGAGGAGCGUUCCUUGUCCCAUACUUCAUCUCGCUGGUAGCCUGCGGGGUACCAAUGUUCUUCAUGGAAGUGUCGCUGGGCCAGCUCAUGCAGACCGGCGGGAUCGGCACCUGGGACAUUUUUCCCGCCCUCAAAGGCGUGGGACUUGCAGCCGCAAACAUAGCCGCCAUGCUGAACAUCUACUACAUCGUCAUCUGCGCAUGGUCCAUAUUCUAUUUCUUCGCCUCCUUCAGCAGCCCACUUCCCUGGCACGGAUGCCUGAACGACUGGAACGACGUCUACUGCCUGGACAGGGAGCUGCAGGACAAUCUGACGGCGGGGACUAGGAACGAGUCUUUUCUGACGAUCAACGGGUCCCUGCUGCAUAGGAAUCUGUCUGAAUCGCCAGCGCAACAGUAUUGGGAACGCAGGGUAUUAAGCGUGUCAUCGGGUAUUGGCGAAGUGGGUAGCAUACGGUGGGAGUUGGUAGGCUGUGUGGCGCUAGCCUGGGUCCUCACGUUUCUCUGUAUCUGGAGGGGAGUCAAGACUACUGGAAAGAUUGUGUGGUUCACGGCUCUAGUCCCGUACGUGAUCCUACUGAUUCUCCUCAUUAACGGCCUACUACUGGAGGGAUCGAUGGACGGUAUACUCUUCUACAUCACGCCUACUUUUGACAAACUCGGGGAACCUACGGUAUGGGUUGAUGCUGCUACUCAGAUCUUCUUCUCCUACGGUGUGGGUAUCGGCUCUCUCAUCUCCCUCGGUAGCUACAACCCUUACAGCAAUAACUGCCUUUUUGACACGUUAGUCGUCGGGGUCGUAAACGCAGCAACCAGUCUAUUUGCAGGCUUGGUCAUCUUUGCAGUCCUUGGCUACAUGGCGUUCAUCCAGGAGGUUCAUGUCAAGAACGUUGUGGAUGAAGGUCCGGGUUUAGCGUUCGUGGCCUACCCAACCGCCGUGGACACUAUGGCAGGGGCACCGUUCUGGUCGGUUCUGUUCUUCGGGAUGCUGAUCAUGCUUGGACUCGACAGCCAGUUCUGCGUGGUUGAGGGUUUCGCCACGUCCAUCAUGGACGCCUGGCCUCGGCUGAACCUCCGCAAGAGGCGGACCCUGUUCCUUAUCUCCAUCUGCACCAUCGACUUCUUCCUUAACCUCUUCUGUAUCACUGAGGGCGGUAUCUACAUUUUCCAGCUGAUGGACAGCUACGCGGCCAGCGGUAUGCCGCUGCUCUGGGUAGCUGGUUGGGAGUGCCUAGCCUUAGCUUACGGCUACGGAGCAAGACGGUUCUACGCUGAUAUCAACACCAUGUUGACCUUUACACCAGGCUGGUUCUGGCCGGUCAGUUGGGUCAUACUCACACCACUGGUGUCAUUUGGCAUCUUCCUCUUCAGUCUGAUCGCCUACAAAGGCCCCAAGUAUGGCGAGGAUUACUAUUACCCGAAGGCUGGCGAGAUGCUUGGCUGGUUGAUGGCUCUAGCACCCAUGCAGUGGAUACCAAGCUACGCUAUCUACCUAUACUUUACCACGCCCGGAACUUUCCACGAGCGUCUCCAAAUCAUGACCACGCCCAGGGUGUUCCCCAAAAUACCGGCCCAGCCCCCAGCCAACAACAACCGGCCCCGCCCCCUGCGCGAAGACGACGACGAUCUGUCCCUGACACGCCUACAGAUGACGGGGCGGGAAUCUGACGACCUCCCUCCGGGCUACGAGACGGCGAUAGCCCUCCCACUGAACGCUGAAGACAGGCAACAACAUCAGGACAUUGUAUAGAUUUCAUUCCCACUUUUUAAUUGAAUAUGUUUUGCUUUAAAGUGCAUUUUCCUGAAGCGCUUUUUCAGUCCCUUCAGUGUCAAUUGCGUUGUUGAUUUGUAAUUGCGUUAUUAGGUGAACUAAACACCGCCAAAAAAAGAAAGUUCACACUCAUUGGAGGGGUCAUAAUUUAGAAUUUGAUCAUCUUAUGAUAAUGUCAUUUAUAUACCUUUGGGGAAUGUUGUUAGGU